GCUCGCAAGCUGCGCCCUCCCACGAACCCUGCGUGGCGGCGGCGGAGCGAGCCCAGAUGUGGCCGGGGGAGCUCUGCCCGCGCUCGGCGGAAAGUUGCCGGAGAUCGCCGCCCGGGCACCGCGGUGAGGAGCGGUAAGGAGCGGUGAGGAGCGGUGAGGAGCGGUGAGGAGCGUGAUUAGUGCAAAGCUAACAGCACAUACAGUCUGUGGCAAGGAGCACUGGGAGCCAGCUAAGAGCCAGCGACAAUGUCUUUAAACUGCCGGACACUUCCUACUCGACUUGGAGUCUGUAAGGUGAACUGCAGAGCACUGGCAUUCCUCUUGGUAUUUGCAGUGAGUGUAGGUGGCAGUGCCCCAGGGAUGUGUCCAACAGCUUGCAUCUGUGCCAGUGAUAUCGUAAGCUGCACCAAUAAGAACCUCUCUCGAGUGCCAGGAAAUCUCUAUAGAAGUAUGAAAAGGCUGGAUCUGAGUUAUAACAAAAUUGGAUUCUUAGAACCUGAAUGGGUCCCAGUGCUGUUUGAGAAGCUGAACACUUUAAUAAUCAAUCAUAAUAGCAUUAGCAGCAUUAUCACUGGAAGCUUUUCCACAACCCCAAACCUGAAGUACCUAGACUUGUCGUCCAACAGCCUGAAGACACUGGGCAGCCCCGUGUUUCAGGAGCUGGGGGCCCUGGAAGUUCUUCUGCUUUACAACAAUCAGAUAACACAUAUAGAGUCUUCAGCCUUUGGAGGAUUGUACAAAUUACAGAAACUGUAUUUAAGCUAUAACUUUCUCUUGCAUUUCCCACUGGACUUGUAUGUUGGAAAGCACAAGCUGACAGAACUCAUACUGCUGGACAUUUCCUUUAAUCACAUCCAGUCGAUGCCUGUUCAGCGCCUGAGUUCAGUGCCAGCCAAGCAUCUUAGCGGAGUUUAUCUUCACGGCAACCCAUUUUAUUGUGACUGCACGCUGUACUCUAUGCUCAUCUUCUGGUAUCAAAGGCACUUCAGCUCUGUGGUGGACUUCAAAAGUGAGUACACCUGUUUAUUGCGAUCAGAUCCAAGAGGUUACAACAGACAGCCUUUACUGCAUGACAACUUUCUGAACUGCUCUGAAAGCACCAUCAACAGCUCUUUUCAAGCGUUUGGGUUUUUUCAUGAUGCCCAGGUGGGUGACAGGCUGAUCGUUCACUGUGACAGCAGAAUCGGCGAUGCAGGCACACACUUCGUUUGGGUUAGUCCAGACAAUAAAUUGCUGGAGCCAGACAUGCAGACCGACAAAUUUAGGGUUUUUCAUAAUGGGAGCCUGGAGAUAAGAGAUGCCCGGAUAGAGGACUCUGGGCUGUACUCCUGCACUGCAAUAAAUAAGAAAAGACUAUUAAAUGAAACUAUAGAGGUUAGAAUAAAUGUUAGCAAUUUUACAGUUAACAGGCCUCAUGCUCAUGAAGCAUUUAAUACAGCUUUUACCACCCUUGCUGCCUGUGUAGCCAGUAUUGUUUUAGUACUGCUUUAUCUCUACCUGACCCCAUGUCCGUGUCAAUGCAAGACAAAGCGGAGGAAGAGGAAGCUGAACCAAAGCAGCGCCCACACAUCCAUACUGAACUCCACACCGCCCCAAGAGCUGCCUGCUGAUGAGAAGAAGGCCAGCACUGGCAAACGAGUGGUUUUCCUGGAACCUGUACAUGAACCAAAACACAGUCAGAAUGGGAAGGUAAAACUGUUUCCUAAUGACAAUGUCAUUGCUGAGAGUAUCUUAAAAACUACUCGAACAAAAUCCGAUUCUGAUUCUGUCAACUCUGUGUUCUCAGAUACACCUUUCAUGCCAUCAACUUAGUUUGCUGCCUGUAUUUGUAUUGUGCCGUUACAUUUCUGAUUACCUCCUUUGCUUGUAGCAACCAUCAGGAAAAACAAAUAAAUAGAGAAAAUGUUUUAAAAAAGCAUCUAUUGUCAGUUCUUGAGCUUCGACUCCUCUCUUUGUGAGUACAAGUGAUAUGCUGCUUGAGAAAAUCUAACAGAAUAGCAUUGAUGUGAGUGCCUUCAGUGCAAUCCUAGGCUUGCCUUUUAAUCUCUGAGACACAUGCAGCCAUCUCUCAUACAUGUUUAGUGCUGCUUCCAGUGCAUACAGCCUCAGAGCAGAGGCUGACCCCACGCAAGGUUCAUGGUUGUUCUGAGCAUCCUGCACCUCUGCAGGGAGCACAUGAGCAAACUCAGGUGGCUAUGGAGGAAAGUUUGCAGCUUAGCUCCAGUUCCUCUUACAGGCCCACUAAAUCUUCACUUUAAAAUCAUGGAGGUAAUGUGUUUUCCAGGACUGAUCUGAACAAAAAGAUUAGACUUGAUCUCAGGAUGCCUAGCAGUACUGGAUAAACGUUUAUGGCCAUCACAUGGAUUAAAUGUUUGCCGACAACUGUGUGAAACCUUUAGGGGGAGGGGAUGUUGUAUUCAUUUUACUCACAACUUAAUCAAAGGAUUGCUCAUGAAAACUGGUUAUAUUGCUUUUAAACAUUGACACAAAAAAAUGGUAAAAGUUAACCUGUUGGCUUUGUGGUUGUAUUAGUAGAGGAAUGAAAGUUGUCAGUCAUGAGGACUCGAGCUAAUCAGCAGUAACUCAUUAAGCUGCGAUAACCUGAUUGCUUGUUACCAGUUGCCCUACCCUGCACUGCUCACAGUAUGCUUGGCAUCACAUAUGGUGAGCAAGCUUGCCACUGUCACCAGGGCUCCUGCUUCAUCUUAGGGACGGGUCACUGCUGCUUAGAGGUAAUUUCACAAUGUGAAGGUAAAAUCUCUUUUUAUCCUUUCAUUGCAUAGGUUUCCAGCAGUCUCACAAAAUUUGCUUCUCAAUGCAUUUGUUUUUUUACUGAAGGAGGAAAUGCACUAUUUAGACAAAUUUCUGAAUAUUACAGAAUGAUUUUCACACAGUGAAUUCAGAAAGUGCAGUUUUUCUCUAGACUUGGCCCUGUUUGAUAUGUUCUGCUUCCCUCCUUGCCCACAUACAUCACUGCCAAAAUUUAUGAACACAGUAAGAUUAUCCUGGGUUGGUCAUGCAGCAUUUGUUAUGUGAAGUGUUAUGCUAUUGUAAAGAAUAUACUGUUAUAAUUGCUAUUUCCAUUUUUUAUUUAAAAUUUGCUUACCUUGGGACUGGGCUGGACUUUGCCAGUCUUUCUCACAUUGAAUGCUACCAACUUUAAAGGAGUUUUGCAAAGAAUUACAGCUUACUAAAGAGUAACUGGAGUAUGUCUGUCUCAUUAGGACUCUGGGGAAUGUACUGAAGUGGAAAUGGAUGAACAAAGUCAUUCAAAGGACCACAUGACAUGGUGACUGUAAUUCAUUCUUGUGAGACUUACUGUAAUAUUCACUUGCAUCUUUUGUGAUUUCUUUUGAGAGGCGUGUCAUCAUGCUCGAGCUUACAUCCAUCUGAGCCAAAGCUAUCAACAAUUGAUUUGUUAUGGAGAAGUCCUGUGUAGUUAAUUGUCUGAAAGCAAGCAGCGUGGAAAACAGAUUAGAUCAGGAAAUGUUAUUGCUGUGAUGUGCACAAAGUAUGUGGAAGUAAAGAACUGCAGGAGAUUUUGAUUCAGAUAUUCAGGGAAAUGUGAGAUGGAAAUUCUUUUUCCAGGAACAGACUAUAUGUAUUUAGAAAAGAAAGAUCACCAUGGUUUGGGUCUUUUACUUAUACAUUCAUCUACGUAAAUUUAAAACAAUUCCACUAUUAAGCAGUCUUUUUCUCUUUUAUCUGUAUAUGGGCAUCAAAACAAAAUCAGUAAGUUUACAUGUAAGGUCUGAUGGAAAAACAAUGAUUGUCUUCACUGAAAUCUGUGAUAUAGUUUGCUCAUCUGUUAAUGAGGAAAAGUCCUCACUUUUAAGACCCUGUCUCCUUCUCAAGAUUUCUUUAUUGAGAAGAUUUAAAUUAGCUGCAUAAUCUGCUGCUGUGCUCUCCAAUUUGUGCAAAGUGGGGACCAUGGACUAGGCUAAAACUGUGAGGAAACAGAGCAGGAAACUGAGAGGCAAAUAUUCCUGGGGAAAGCUGUGUAUAUCAGUUACAGCUCUGGACAGAUGUUAUGAUCCGUUGUCAUACAUAACAUUAAUUGACCCGGAUUUCUGUGUUUACAAGAGCUCUGACGGUCAAUUCCAAGUUGGCCUGGAAAAGCAAGCAUCCUGGUGCCUGUGUGGCUGCCCGCCAGCUCCGCUUGUCUCCUCCACAGCUCGGCUGGGCAGAUGACCCCUCUCCCACUCACAUGGCAGUGACACUGCGUUGAACUAACUGAGCUUUUGAAAAGUCCAGAUAAUCUUAAAAAAUAAAAAAAUAAAAAAAAUAAAAAUGGAGAGAUCUCAAGAGUAUUAGGCUUUGUGGGAUCAGAGUAAUGCUGCCAGGUGACUGGAGCAGCUGAGUGUUGAUCUAGGCAGUGGAUAUUUGCUCUUUAUUAAUUUGGCUGUACUUCAGUGACUGCUUCAAAGUGCUCAGAGUUGCAAUUGUGAUUAUGAGCAAGCUGGUAAAACUGAAGCCUUUGAAGGAGGUGUCCUACCACCCUGUCAUCCCCAUUAGUCCUUGUCUUGGUUUUCAUGUUACUGGUUCCAGCAAACACCACAGAGCUGAACGAUAUUUUUAAUGCAGGGUGAGAUCACUACUGCAAGGUGUUGAGCGCUCCUCCUGAUCUCAGUAAGGCUUAGUAUCUGAUGGUGAUCACCUCGCAAAAUGUAAUGACUGUAAUGAAUGACUGCCCCUCAUCUGCAUUUAACAGUUACCAGCAGAGCUGAGGGAGUCCUAGAGUGCUUUCCUGACACCAACCCUUCAUUUGUUGUUGAUUAUGACUGUCAGUGCCAUGUCCUUUCAGCCCAGAUGUCCACCACUAGCUUGUUGGGUAAACAGUUCUCUGUGUUGUCUAUCAUCUCAUUAGCAGUGCUUUUUUUAAAAAAAAUGAUUUCUAAGGACUGCCAAUGAUGGUGUCAAAAGACUAACUGGUUAUAGCUCAUUUUUCUGAACAAGCAAAAUCUUAGGGCCAAAUUGUGAUUAAACUGUAAACUUUCAUUUAGGAUAGCAAAAGUUUAUUAUUCCUAUUAGAGUAAAUCAAACUCCUACAAGGUGCUUUUAUAUCUUGACUGCAGCAUAUUCCUAAUAACCUCUGCUGUCUCUGAACUGGCGGGAAAUAAACUUGACCUUGCAGGAAGCAGAGCCAAAGCGUGCUAUUAUGGCCUUCUCUAAAGUAAUGCAGAGUGACUGUUCUCUUUGGACAACCACCAGCCACCCCUCCCAGCACACUUCUCUUUUUAGUGAGGUCAGGAGGCAUUAAAGGCUGAUCUUUCAACCAUUUGGCUGUGGCAGAUGCAGGGACCAUUUCCAACCUGGUCCUUAAUUGUUCUCUAUGUGAAGACUGUCUUCCUGAAGGUAGCUUCUGGACCUACCACACAGUUGCUGGAUCAAUUUAAUUGAUAUAUCCAAACAGCUGUUUCCAAAUGGCUUCUAAUUGAUAAGAAUUGGCCAUAGUAGCUUUUAAGAAGAUAGGAUAUGCUUUUCAUUUAUGGAUUCAGCAACUUAGAUAUUACUAAUUUUUAAAAAAAUAAUGCUUGAAUUAUUAUAUGUAGAGUGAAAAAAAAAGUGCAUCAGAAUCGCAGAAUUGCAGGAGUUGAAGGGACCUCAAGAUAUUAUCGAGUCUAACCCCUCUGUUAAGGCAGGUACCCUACAACAGUGCAUAGUCAAAUCAUUUUUGUAUGUUUUCACUGUUCAUAUUUGGCCAUUAGUCCAGUAGGGCUCAGAUGUGGAUAAAGAUAGAAAUUGGAGAAUUAGAUCAUGAGAUCAAGAAAUCAUUUUGUUCAAAGUUCGCUCCAUAUUUUUAGAAGGGCUAAUAUCUGAGUUCUUACCUUCAGCGGGUGCAUUAUAGAAAUCAUCAAAUUAAGUGCUUUAUAAGUUUGCCUAAGUACAGUUGGGGUUUUCUUGGUUUUUGUUUUUGUUUUUUUUUUAUUUUGGAGAGUCUUGGUCUGAAAGUGAUCCAUACAAAAUCAAAGUGUAAGAGUAUCAGUGUUUGUUUCUGGAGAUAUCCCAACCUUGCUGAAGAGAUCAUGUUAUAUACCAAUGGACUGUGCCUUUCUGCCUUUCUUGAUCUAAAUCUCUAAUUUUAGUACUAAACAGAUGCAGUGGAGAAAAUCUUGUUCUCUUUUAAGUUAACUGUUUUAUGCUCUCUUUUUCUUAGGUAGAUUUUUUCCUACACAAAUAUGUCUUCCAUCCUUUUGCAGAAUAACAUAAUCAACUGGAAUAAAUAACUUCUCUUUUACUUCUCCUAAUGAAGUAAACUAUAUUUGGUGGGGGAGGAGAAGAUGGUCAAGAAUGGUAGAGUCAGUUUGAUGACAUCCAGAUAUCAGGAAAAGUAAUUUGUUGAUUGAGUUAUUUUCUUUGUUCAAACAUGAGAUUAACCAGGUAUAGACAUGUUUUUGUUAAUUUAACUGAAAUUUUUUGUCACAUUUUACUGACUUAAUAUGAUGAACACAUAAGGCUCUUUAAGCCUUCUAUUUUUUAAAGAGGUAACACUAUUCACAUGACUUUUUGCAUCAACUUAAAUUGAUUUUAAAACAGUCAAUAAUGUGAGAGAAGUCUGUUAACAUAAAGCAAAUCUGGUAUACAGAGAAGCUGUCCAGCCUGCAUGAAUAUUUCUGAGGACAGCUCAGAAUCAUCUGAAAGUAGUUCUUUGGCAAGCUAGAGCCAAAUUGCAUCAUGCAGACCUUUCCUAGACAAGCAGGAAGAUGCUUUCUUUAAUCAGAUUAGCUCAAUCGACAAACUCAAUUGAAAUCCUCAUUUAGCUCUGCCACAGAUUGCCUUCCCAGUUUGGUGCCUUUAUCUGCACUUUGGAACUAUGCUUGGAGCACCACAGCUGCUGUUGUGUGUAUCCCUAGUGGGGAGGUUAGGAAAGGGGAAGAGCAGUGGGGAGAGAAGGAAUGUGCAUGCUCAACAGCUACUAGCUUCUUUCCUCAAGGGUUAAUAGCCAGUGGAGUCUAAAACCGAAAUGCUCACCAGAAAAAAAGAAACCUUAGACAGCUGCUCCAGAAGGGGGUUGAGGCUCCGAUGUGUGCUCCUUCUGCACAGUACAGAGCCUCAGCGAGUGUAAACACUGCCCUAUGCGUAAGUCACAAUGUCCUUUCACAGCAACAAAAGGAUUUCUAGCACUUUCCCUGGUAGCGGAGGUGCUGCUGGCAAUAAUGCGCCACAAAAUAAAUUAACUGAGAUAAGCUCCACUGUUGCCUGGAGCAGCUCAAUUAGCCUUUUGCACUUGGAGCAAAGGGUUUUAUAGCACUAGAUACAGCUCAGACUGGACUACAACUGACUUUUGUCCUCUUUGCUCAUUUUAACUGGCGCUAGAAUCAGACAAAACUGCUGUUUUUGUUUUAUUUUUUUAAACUAUUUAAAACAAAUAAAAUCUUAAGUCUUUCCCUAGGCAGUCAGUGGUUGCCUAACCCUUGGUGGAAAGGAAACAAAGCUAUCUUUCUCCUUGGUUUUAGUGCCAGAACAGAGGUUCUCUGAUUUAAGCCAUAUAGAGAGCAGCGUUGGUCUGGUGUUACUACUGCUGCUGGCAUUCUCAGGCUUGUCAGUCAGGGCAGACUCCUGCUGAUGAUGUUUGUCAAAAGAGCAGAGGGUAUGCCUGCUUCACUGAUGUUGUUUUUUAAAGCAGAAAUUAAAAUAUUUGAGCUUUUGUCUGAAAUCCUUUCAAACCAUAAUUUUUAAAUAAAUAUUUAUGAGAACAAGUGAAUGACAUUAGUUAUUGCAAUCCUACCUGUUUAUAUAGAUUUGUAAUUUUGGAAUGAGAGAACUUUCCAUUGAUUUUAUCUCCUUUCUUUUUUGUCCAUAUACUGAAGAGAUAGCUGAUCUAUUUUCCAAGCUUCUGCUUCCCCUCUCCCUUAUUUAUUUUCAAGCACAGAUAAUCACUGCAUACAAUUUGAGCAAACUGGUCAUGUUUCAGUGAAUGGUAUCCAUGAUCCAUAUGUACUGUAGAGAUAAGCUGAUUUGUUGAGUACACUGUCCUGUAUAUCAUUUCACAUUUUAAAAAUAUAUUUAGACAUGCUGCUGUUAUUGUUGCUACAUUUGUGGUAUAUAAUUUUCUUAAGGUUUCUAGCCCACUACAAAAAAAAAAAUAUAUAUAUAUAUAUCAGAAAUCAUUGCAUCUACUAAAAACAGUCAUUUUUGUCCUUUAAAGCUCUAAUGUUUUUGUUUUCUAGUAGUCCCAGCUACUAAUUUGCACCUAAUACAGACUCAGUCUGGUUUUCAUCAACACCUACUUCCUAUCAGUUGUGAAAACAGGCUCCUUCCGUUAACCUAGAUAGGCAAACAUGUUUUUUUUCUGAAUAACAGUAUUUUAGCCCACAUACAGAAGGUCUGUCAGAAAAUUUUAUCCUGGGUGACAUCUAUUUUUGGUUUAAGAAAUGUUGCAGGUAUGUAGAAGGUACUUCUCAUCAUUUAUUCUCUGAGAAUUUUAUUAUAGAGUUAGCAUGUUGACAUUAUCGUUUUGUACUAGAGAAAAUGUAUUCAUUGAUUCUCCAUUUGUAAAAUUGCCACUGCAAACUGUCGUUUGCUGUAUGUAGACUUCUUGUGAUGAAUUCCUAACUCAAUCAUGCCUGUCAUGGCAUGUAAGUGCCAGGGGAUGAUAAGAAUGCAUGUGACCAGACCCCAUUCUUUCCGUGUGGGGGGAAAUUGUUGGGAAGCAAGCCAGAAGGAUCAACAUACUGUUUACUUGGCGUGCUCAUGUUGAUUUAUAAUUGUUACAUAAUAAAGAAAUGUAAAAGAAGGAA